AUGGGGCUUUCGAUAGAGCAAAAGUACAACAUCUGUCUGAUGGCAGAGCGGCAUCCAAGGUGGACGCAGCUCGAAUUAGCACGAUGGGCGUAUGAGGUUUACCAACUACCGAAGUGUCCCUCUCAGGGAACAAUCUCGAGGCUCUUGGCGAAAAAGGCCGUUUUCCUCAACAGCAAGGAGCACGAGAAGGAUGCCAACCGGCUGCGGAAGCCGAAUAACCUGCUCGUGCGACGGAUCCUUCAGGAGUGGACGUCGCAGUCGAUAUGGAACCGGAUUCCCGUGACAUCUCCGAUUCUGCAGGAUACGGCACAAUCCAUAUGGCAUCGAAUUCCGCCCGAAAUGCGCGAGGGGAACGGCUCCUUCAGUUACAAAUGGAUAACCCACUUGCUCUCGAAGAUGGACAUCAGUGUGGACCAGGAACUGCCGAAGCCACCGAAGAUCUGGACGUUUGAAGAAAGAUCGGAGCUCAAAAGAUGGCUGGCGCAACUGCCACCAAAGAACCUUUUCACGCUGGAUGAGACGUUUCUAGCGUACAACCUGCCGCUCUGCUUCGAACAGUAUGAAUCAGCAGAUAUAAGGAGACGUAUAGAUAUUGUUACUGUCAUGCUCUGUGCCAACAUGGAUGGCAGCGAGAAGCUGCAUCCGAUGGUUGUAGGACGGUACGAGAACUACCAGAGAUUCCGGAGCCAUUUCCCCUGCGAAGGGAACACAUCGCAUGCGGGACGUCGGGCGCCUGGUUUCCCGAACUACAACGGUGUUUUUGAGGCGCUAAAUACGGGGGCUGAAGCCUUGCCGAAUGGCGAUCUGAAGCUCGGUGAGCAACUAGCGCAAAAGUAUGGGAUCACCUACCACAGCAAUAGAAAAUCAUGGCUGACCAGUAACAUAUUCCAUGACUGGCUCAGUACUUGGGAUAAGCGACUCGUGGUCGACAAUAGGAAGAUAUGGAUCAUCCUCGAUGAUUCGUGCUCUCACCGGCUCCUCAAUCUACACCUAAAGAACAUAGAAUUAGUGUACACUUCGGUGUCCUCCAGCUUUCUUCCGUUUAAUUGGGGUGUUAUAGAUGAAUUCAAGGCUGGCUACAGGAUACAGCAAUAUAAGGCGCUGAUUGAUCUCCAGGAAGAUAUUGCAAGUAAGAACAACGGAAUCAAGCCUCUUUUGUCCUAUGAACAGUCUGCAUUAACAAUAUCAAAUGCCUUUAAAUUUAUUAAACUUGCCUGGGAGGCUAUUCCGCCUGAUACAAUUAAGGCCAAUUGGAAAGCCUCUGGAAUUUUACCCCCGGAAAUGAUCAACUUUACUGGGACUGUUAGCAUGGCAUUUAAGAAGAAUGAAGUAUUAGAAGCUAAGCUGAACCACCUAUGCCAGAAGUUUUACUGUAUUAAGAAGUGGGACUAUGAUAUGCUUUUGGACCUCAACAUCGAGAACAAAAACACAAAUUUCUUAAGUUCCGAGGAGAUUAUUGAGAGUGCUAUUGUGGAUGCUUGGGAGCCUGAAGAGGUCAGCUUAGAGAUGGUUCGUGAGGAUGAGUUUGGUUCAAUUAGUGUUUCUAACAACUCAGUAUCUCUGCCAGAUGGUAAUGAUACUUUUAGCAUCUCUAACUUCAGUCAAGAUACCGGAUUCCCAAUUAAUAAUGAACUGAAUUCAGAUAGGAAUCCAUUGGAUACGACUAUUAGCUAUUCAAACGAGGGUGGGGUGGCAGAGCAUCGCUCUUUCAUUUCUGAUAAUACACAUCGAGAUGGGCUUACACGAAGAGCGACAGUAAGCGAGCUAAUUGACAGGAAUGAUGACUUUUUCGUAAAUGCCAUGCAACAAGAUAUUGUAACGGACCAAAUAUUACAAGAUAUGUUUGAUUUGUCAACUACAAAUGUACAAGUGCCUUCUUCAACGGAAAACUCAGAAAUAUCUGUCCCUACUGUUGUGCCAUUUUCUCAUCCAUCUCGAGGGUCUUCUCAGGACAAAAUUAGAUCUCCAGCAUUUGACCAUGUACCAUCCGGGAGCAGUACAGAGCCUGCUGUUGGUGGACCUGGUCUGCAAAGUAAUGCGGAAGAUAAGGUAGACAUCACACUUGGGGAAUCUUCUAUGCCAUUUACUCCUGAAAACAUAGAUACCGAUGAACUGGACAAUUAUAUUAGCAGUGUCACCAGCAAUCCGCCGAACUCGUUGAAUAACGAGCGUUUGAUAAUGCUAACGACUCUCCAAACGAAUAUUGAGAUAGCAAAAGCCAUGGCAAGUAUUCUGAAACACGCCGAAGUUCGGGAAGUAGGACUUUCUGAGAACGCGUUAAAUGAGAUGAGGUUAAGUUACAAUAAUUGCCUCAUAAAGAUCAGGAAUGCAAGACACUUAUUGAACAGUGAUACAAAAAGAAAGAGGCGCAGGGUGGAACAGCAUUCUCUUGGAGAUACCGUGAUACAAGUCUCAAAACCGGUACCACCAACUACUACAGGAUCUUUGCAGUCUGAUGACACCGUCUUCUCCAAUAGUAUAAACUUUAGUUAG